AUUUUGUAGAGGCGGGUUAGAAGAGAAGCUUCUGGAAGAGUCUCUGUGAUCGGAGGUCGUGAGCAUUCAAACUACUGCUUCAUACAAGGUAGACGGUGAAAGACAAACAUGGUCAAGGAAACAGGCUUUUAUGAUACAUUGGGUGUGAAACCUAAUGCUACUCCUGACGAACUGAAACGGGCCUAUCGCAAACUAGCUUUAAAAUUUCACCCUGAUAAAAAUCCCACUGAAGGAGAGAAAUUCAAACAGAUCUCGCAGGCAUAUGAGGUUUUGUCAGAUGCCAAGAAGAGAGAGGUAUAUGACCGUGGAGGUGAAAAGGCUAUAAAGGAAGGCGGGACUGGCGGUGGUGGCGGUGGAGGGAACUUUGCAUCGCCCAUGGACAUCUUUGAUUUGUUUUUUGGUGGGGGUAGUCGGAUGCACAGAGAGCGAAAAGGAAAGAACAUUGUUCAUCAGAUAACAGUGACACUGGAAGAUCUUUAUAAUGGAGCUACAAGAAAACUUGCUCUCCAGAAGAAUACUAUUUGUGAGAGAUGUGAAGGUCGUGGGAGUAGAAAAGGAGCUGCACAGAUGUGUAUGUCUUGCCAUGGUACGGGCAUGCAGGUGCGCAUGCACCAACUAAUACCAGGUAUGGUGCAGCAGGUGUCUACAGUGUGCCACAGCUGUCAGGGCCAAGGACAAAGAAUCAGCAAUAAGGACCGCUGCAAAGCAUGCGCAGGUCGAAAGAUCCUGCGCCAGAAGAAGAUUUUGGAGGUCCACAUUGACAAAGGAAUGAGAGAUGGCCAGAAGAUCGUUUUCCAUGGAGAAGGCGACCAGGAGCCAGGAAUUGAGCCAGGGGACAUCAUCAUCGUCUUGGAUCAACGAGAACAUUCACAAUUCACCAGGAAAGGAGAGGACCUGGUCACGUCAAUGGAGUUGCAGCUGGUUGAGGCUUUAUGUGGUUUCAAGAAACCUGUUCAGACACUGGACAACAGAACACUCCUCAUCACCUCACGUCCAGGGGAAUUGAUCAAGCCUGGAGACACAAAGUGUGUCUUGACUGAAGGGAUGCCCAUGUACCGCAGACCGUUUGAGAAAGGGCGCCUUAUUAUUCACUUCUCGGUGGUCUUCCCACAAGCCAACUUUCUUUCUGAGGACAAGCUGAAGAUGCUGGAGCGCUUCCUCCCAGAAAAGCUGGAUCCAGAACAGCCAGAAAGUAUGGACGAUGACCUCUACAUCUACGCCGACCUAGAGGACUGUGACCUUGACAACAGGAAAAGAAACAACCAUCAGUACUACUACAUGGAGGAAGAUGACUAUGCCAGCACAAGUGGUGUUCAGUGCCAGACGUCUUAAGUGACAACUGAAGCCCUCCCCUCAUCUCUAAAGUAAAGCACCUUUUUGGAAUUGAGUGCACUUUUUAUUUAACUGGUGUUUUUCAACGUUUUUUUUCAAUCUCAAAUCAGAAAACAGUGUCCCAACACACUCCUGAUGUAUUAUUAUAAUACUCAUUGGAUGGUGUAGAGAAUCAUAGUUCCAGGAUAAACUUCUUGGUGAGUGGGACUCCUUUUCAUCUCUUGGACCUUAUCUUAACUUCUUCUCUUUUUUUUUUUAAAUCACACUGAGAGACAAGGGGUAUCAGAGGCUUCAAAAAAACUUUUGGCUGAAUAAAGACCACCUGCUUAUUAUGCAUUUACACUAAAGAUGCCAAUAUUAAGAUGAAUAUAACUUUUUUUAUAGUGUUACUAAAGCAGUUGUUGUAAACCACUUGUUGAUGUGUGUGUGUGUGUGUGUGUGUGUGUGUGUCAAAUGUAUGUGGGGGGGUGUAUGUGCAUUGAGACUUUAGUUGAAUGUUUACGCUGUUUUACCCUUUAUUUUCUAGACAUUUAACGAUCUUGAGAACGUGGCAAGAAGAAGCGAGUUAGUGGUAAAGGCGAUCUUGAUUCAGGCGUGGCAGUAUUCAAGUUUACACCACUAAUGUAGAUUUUUCAAACUAAUAUCUAAGUUAGGUUUCAUAUUUUUUAGCUGCAAUCAGUUGUCUGGUUAUCCCGCAUUUGUUUUUUGGAAAACCUAUCGUGUAAAGUAGAACAUAUGUGUAAACAACAGUUUGAUAUGAGCCAAAUAGGACUUCAUAUUAAUGGCAGGGUAGGUCAAAGAUUAAAAAAGUCACUUUAUUUUGAAAUCACAAAUCAGGGGGGUUUCCUAGAAGCAGGUUAUCUGAAAAAGUCAAAUUCAGAAUAGGUAUUUUAACAUAAUUCUAUGUUCAAAAUUUUCCGUGGUUUUACUUGGCAAAAGGAGAUCUCAGAUAACCUGUUCUCGCUUCGUAUAACAGGCCCAUAAUUCUUCAUGGCAAAUGUUUUCCCUCUCUUUAAAGUGUUGAGUGCCAAGUUGCACCCAAGUCUUACAAAGAAAAAGAGUGAUUGUUUAGGUUAUAUUAAAGAUUGAAUGUUCUUGAGAUUAUUCGAUUUUCAAAAUCAUUGGAAAUUACACAUUUUUAAAUCAAAGAAACUUGUUGAUGGGUUUUUACUGAUGUAGGCACACAAGAAGAUACGUCUUUUAAUCGUAAAUGCCAAAUAAGCCGGGAGGUUAUGGAGGGACUUAAAAUCAAUGCACCUGGUACCUCUUUGAAGUGUCUGUUCGUUUAAAAGCCUGAUAACUUAACUUGAAGCUAUAAUGCAGGUUUUAUUUUCUGUGACAAUUUUGCCUUAGAUAUUGUAAAACACAACUAUGCUCACCAAAAGGUCGAUUCCUUUAAUUGUUGAAGCAGAUGCAAAUUAGUGAGUACUCAUAAUCUCCAGGGAACUCUACUCAAAGUUCAAUUUAAAUAAGUGUUUUCAAGUUGGCAAUUUGACUGAGGGUAUGUGUUUGUUAGGACCAAUGAUCUACUUGUUUAUGCUCAUGUUUUCUAAUAAAUGCAGUUUGAUGGUC